AUAAAUAUUUCUUACACUAUUUUUAUGUGUCACUACAUAUUUCUAAUUUAUUCGCGAUAUCCUACUUGGUAACAGACAUUCAAAAUUUGUUUGAUUUUCACUUAUAUUACAUAUUGAAAAUACAAAUAUAUCUACCUGAUACCACGAGAGGCACAAACAUCAGUAAACAUUCUAUUAGUAUAGUCCGAACAAUCUUAGAAUCGACAACUAUUUAGUCUAUACGAAAUUUUCUUACUAUCGUAAAAGUGCCGUGUUUCAAAAGCGUUAUAUAUUUUUCCCUUAAAAUUUGCAUUAUAGAUAAAGUAUUACUUGACAGUAUUGGCUAUACAUAGAUAUAUUGUUUAAUAAAUUACUUUUGUAGCUAUCACAUUCUUGCAAAUAGCAGUUGUUGCAUUAUUUUAAACAAUAUAAGUUAUGGAUUAGUUUUAGAUUUGUUCCAGUUAUUAAUAUAAAAUAUAUGGACGAAAUAUUCUAUGUGUGAAAAGUCUAAAAUUAGCAGUAACAGAAAGUCGAAAUAUUAUGAAUAAUAAUGUUUGAGUCUUUUUACGAAAUCCAAACACCUGGUUAUGAUUAUAAUAAGUUCUUCCAUCCCAAUGUUUGUCACGUUUGCAAACAAAGAAUCAUAAAUUUGACAUCAUGUUGGGGCUGUACCAUGAUCUCUUACUGUAGCGAGGAGCACAGGAUGGAGCAUCUACCUCAGCACGAGGAGAUGUGCAGAGCUAUAAGGAGAAUGAGCAUGAUAAGGAACUGCUGGGACACUCGUGGGAUGACGAAAGACGAAUGGGUUAUACAUAAGAAGCAGAAUAUGCAAACUGUCCUGCCGAUUCUACGUCGCAAAUUAAAGCCGUACGAGGAACAGAUGUUCUUAUACGCAAAAUCGUGCGGUGUUUGUCACCAACAACACAACCUGGAAAUCACUUGUCUAGAAUGCUUUUCCGUCAACCAGUGCAGUGAUCAUACUUUAAUUGAGAUUGAACACGAUUGUCUGCAAUUAAAAAUAUCUUUGUUUUUGGACAUCGAUGAUAGCCUGCAGAAACCAAGCAUAAAAAUUUCGCAGUGUUUUCUACCUAAAGAUAUAUAUGAUGUGAAUGAAAAUUACAGCAUGGAAUUACUCGUUGAACGAUAUAGGAAGCAAAACACAAAGGAAUAUAAUUGGGAGAUUGAUGAUUUCAUAUAUUCCGACUCCAUAUCGAACCCGUUAACACUGUGUUAUGCGAUUCUAUAUCUAAACUUGUUUAAAUUAAUAAAGGAAAACGAAGCCAUUGUCAUACACAUUAUUGCCGGAAGUUUGACGGAUAUACAGAGUCUGUCGGCUUGGGAAAUUAUACUGCAUAUACUAGUUUCAGGAGCAAAAUUGACAAUUAUAAUGGUGGAAUCAGAAUUAAACAAUGCUGAUAUCGGAGCAUGGAAUACAUGUAAAGUGUGCCAAGCCUUGAAUAAGACACUUCAUUUUGAAAUACAUAGUAUAUUGUAUGAACAUUAUAUAAAAUGUUCGUUUUAUAUGUCGCCGAAUGUCGUUAUAGGAUUUAAUGCAGAACUUAGGAAAUUGGGGGCGAGCACUAUAAGAAUAUUGCAGCGUCAGAAUGUUCCGUUGCUUCUCACGGCUAUAUCAGCAAGUAAAGCACUGGACUGUAAUGAUAAGCUCAAUGAGGUGCUGGGCAAAUGCCCGUAUCCUCGUUUUAUCGAAAACACAUUUCGAUCUUGCAGACCAUACAGAGAUCCAGAGAAUGAUAUAUUUUUUCCUAAUACUUACUUAAUUUUCUAUGAUAAUUUAAAUUUCUUGUGAUAAAUUAAAUUUAGUUUUAUAGAAUAAGUUAAGUCUUUAUAACGAUCAUAUUUUUGCUAAUAGCAAUUAUUAUAUGUGAAUGCAUCAUUCUGAACGAUAUACCAAGUAGAUUAGUUUUGGAUUUAUUUCGGUCAACGAUAUAAGUAUGUCUGGUCGAAGUCUCCUUUAAAAGAAAGUCUAAUCAGCAGUAAUGGAAAGUUGAGAUUUUAGGAUAAUUUCUAUCACAACUUCCCGUGUAGAAAUUUGUUAAAGAUACCUCCAGCCUUCUUCUUAUGCCAUUCUUAAUAAACAAAUAAUUAUUUAUUAGGGAUAAUAUAUUUAAGGAACGUUUCCUUAUUCAGAUUAGGAUCUUAUCAAGGUUUUAUAUGAAUGUUUUAAUUUCAUAAAUACUUGUUUUAAUAGACUAAUUUUUUAAAAUAAAAAAACGACUUAUUGAAGAUAUAUGUGUAAAUAAGAGGAAUUUAAUAAUAUCUACUUUGCAAGUACAAAAGUAUUAAGGUGAGCUUGUUGAAAAGUGAAUAACUCACAAGAUAUUUCAUAUCUUGUGUACUAAAAAUAUAUGAGAAUAAAAGUAUGUAAAAUAUCUCGUAAAGUAUUCACUAUUUUAGUAAAUAACCCAAGUACUUUUAUACGCUAAAUGAUCAGAGAAAUCGAUUUGUUAGAAAAAUUAUAUGUUUUCGUUAAAAAAAUAAAAAUAAAAAUUGUCAGAACUUUUUAAAAAACAAAACGGUCAAAUAAAUGUUAGUAUCUUUUCUCUGUCUCGAAAUCUUACAAUUGUUGAAAAUAGUUUUGUUCGUAUCUUUCUUAAUUUCCAAAGUAUAAAUUUCACAUGUAUUAAUAAAAACAGGACAC